GUGGCCGUGACGAUCUCCAGCACGCUUCCCCUUGCAAGGAAGCCAGUCACAGCCGACGUUGCUGGUGAGAUUGACCCUGCCAUCGUCGAAAGGCGCGAGGCUCGGAUGAAGCUGCUGGACUUCCCCCAGAUCAACGCCCGCAAAGACGCAAUUCAGUCGGAGCUGGGCAAGACGUGUCGCUGGUUCCUUGAGCAUCCCAAGUAUGUGAACUGGGCUUACGACGAGGUCGAUGAAGAACCUCCAGAUAGGAGCGCAAUGUUGUGGAUCCGAGGCAAGGCCGGGACCGGGAAAUCGACCAUGAUGAAAUUCCUGUUCGCCGAAGCCAGAGAGCAACAAUCCACGACCGACAACACCACAAUCGUGUCCUUCUUCUUCCAUGCUCGUGGGGAGUUGCUGGAGAAAUCAAUCGAGGGCAUGUACCGAUCCCUGCUCAGGCAGAUCCUUGUCCUGCGGUCCGAGCUGCGGUGGAUCUUGGACGACUCGGAAGCCUUCCCGCCUGGGAGCGGGGAUAUCCUCCCAAACUUGAAUUUUCUCAAGAAACUACUGAGAGAGGCCAUAUUGAGCACAGGCAAGAGGCGCCUCGUUUGCUUUAUUGACGCCCUGGAUGAGUGCAACGAGGAUGAUGUCAGAGACAUGGUUCAAUUCUUUGAAGACGUCUCGGACAUAACGACAGAGAAAAAGAUACCGUUUCGUGUUGUGUUCUCGAGCCGACCGUACCCGUAUAUACAGGUAGACGAGUCCAUUCUCAUCACGUUAGAGAAUGAGCCCGGCCACGCCGAAGACCUCGCGCAGUAUGUCCAGAAACGUCUCAAAGUCUCUCAGCAAGCCCGGACCGGUCUCGAGGGCCAGAUCCUCGAGAAGGCCUCUGGAGUAUUCUUGUGGGUGGUACUCGUGGUGGGGAUCCUCAACAAGGAAGCCAGCCGGGGCGGGCUCGCGCUUCGCCGGCGGUUAUCUGAUAUCCCUCCUACCUUGAGCCAGCUCUUCAAGGAGAUUCUCCUACGCGAUCAGGAGAGACCUGAGCAACUGCAGCAGUGCAUCUUGUGGGUUUUGUGCGCAUGCCGGCCGCUCACUCCCGGCGAGCUUCGUCAUGCUCUGUGGGCCAGUGGCCUAAACGACGACCAGGUCGACGAUGAGCUGCCAUCUGCCGAGGACGAGGAGUCCAACAUGGCCCUGGCGAUCAGCUCCUCCAAGGGCCUUGUCGAGGUCAUCUACGCCACACAGCAGGAACCCACAGUCAAUUUCAUUCAUGAGUCUGUCCGCGACUUUUUGGUCAAGGAAAGGGGUCUCCAGGAGUUGUGGCCAGAUCUUGGGUUCGAGUGGGAAGGGCCGAGCCAUGAAAUGAUACGCAAGUGCUGUGAGACUUACUUGUCUCAUGAUGGGAUUCUGGCCUUGCUACAUCAAGGCGGCCAGAGUGUCGGCCCCGCUGAAUGCGAAAAGAAUAUCAACGACCCGUCCAAGCCCAUCCCGCAAACAGUCAGCGGCACUGGGACCGAAGGCACCGCUAUUGAGAGCUUCAUCCUCCUGGAAUAUGCAACUCAGAACAUCCUUUAUCACGCCAACAUUGCCGCAACGUGCACCAGCCAGGAGGCUUUUCUUUCCCGAUUCUUCGACCGGCUCGGCACUCGAGCACUGGACUUUUGCCAGCAGAGCGGAACAAGAGGAUAUGGCCCGAAUACGAGCCCCUUGUACAUAUUCGCUGACAGGGGCCUGGCGAACCUGAUCCGUCUGCACGGCAACAUUGACGAUGGGUCCCAAAAGGACUCCAGAUAUCCCCUGUUUGCAGCUAUGGCCAAUUGCCACAAGGAUGCGUUCGCUGCUCUUCUCAACUUGCAAUCAACAAUCUUCCAAAACGAAGAUCUCAUGGACGGCAUCACGCAAUCUGCAGAUAUGCGACGGUAUCAGUCGCGCACGCCAGUCUCUUGGGCUGCUCAGGAAGGCCGAGUCAAGCUGGUCUCAGUUCUGAUGCGGAAUGGCGCAUCACUCUCAGAGCGGGACGCAGAUGGGGACACGCCCUUGCAAAGGGCGGCUCAAAAGGGCCAGACCGAGGUGAUACGGUUCCUCGUCGACCACGGCGUAAGCACCGCGGAUGAGUAUUUUGGCGAAGCGAUCUGGGAGGCGCUGGGUCAAGGCAAGGACCGGACGGCGCUGGAGCUUAUGAAAAUGUUUAAGGGCUGGAAUAAGAUGCCCAUGGGGGUUCGCGUCAAUAUAGACACUUGGCUGUUCCAGACGGCGGAAUGCGGGCUGGAGAACGCUACACGGAUGCUCAUCGGGCGGGGUGCCAGGGUCACGGACGCAUCUAUGCGCAGCCCGCUCGUCCGGGCAGCUAUGAAUGGCCACCAGCGGGUUGUACAGUUGCUGCUGGAAUCCGGGGCCAACAUUGACCAGCAGGGCGAAUGGGGCUGGACCGCGCUGAUAGCCGCCUCGAGGAACGGUCACAAGGCGCUCGUGGAGUUUCUCCUUGAUCAACGGGCCAAUCUUCGCACGAGGUGUCAGGACGGGCUGACCGCACAAGAGCACGCUGAGAUAGGAGGGUUUAAAGCAAUAGCACAAUUGCUCGAGAGUCGGCUGCUCCUCACGCCACCGAGAAGCUCGGACUCGGGUUCGUGGAGGACAUUCUGGCGGUUGAUCUACUAGGGAAAAGCCACAUGGUCCACGUCUUCGUCAAUACUUCUACAUAGAGUUUCAUAGUCUUGCAAGAAAAAGAAGGAGAUCCAGGUCUGCCGUCCUCA